AUAUUUCAAGAUGAACUUCAAAAAAACCUUCAAAAAAAUUCUGAUAUACAGAAGUCUGAACCUGAAACAAUAACAUUUGAAAAUGAAAAUGAUGUUAAUGGUAAGGAUCCUUCGGCUUGUAAUGGUACUGAAAACUCAAGUCGAGAUGGGAGAGCUGUUAGAUUAUCCUAUGAUCAUAAGGGAAGUGAUCCUCAAGUAGCUAAAAGAAUUGUUGAAGCUGGUGGUUUUGUCAUGAAUAAUCGUGUUAAUGAUGUAUUGGCUGUGACGCGCUCACUGGGUGAUUGUUCAAUGAAAGAAUUUGUUAUAG